AAACGAUUGACGCCAUUUUACUAUUUUGAUAGUUGCUAGCGUUGGUUCAAUUGUAUUUUUCUCACAAAUACGUGGUGAAUUCUACGUGAAAAAACUAAAAAGGACAUUGGAAAAGUGCCCCAUCAUCGCGAGAAGGUGUUUUGUCAGUGUGUUGCUGAGUUUUCGCUGAGAGCAGAGUGAUUGCUGGACAAGGUGUGAAUCGCGUUAAAGAGGCUUGCGAUGGUGUCCCAUUGUGCGUGGGGACGAGCAUAGACACUGGGAAGCAGGCAGCGAGACACGGGCAAAAAUAGCCUUCUGUUGAAGCUUUUCUGGGACAAUUUGAGUGAGGCAUCAGUUGCGAUUGGAGGACAGCGAAAUGGGUCGACCACGGAAAAGUGCCGUCACCCAGACGAAAGACACUCCCAAAUCGAAGGCGAAGGAGCCCGAGGAGGAGAGUGAAAAUCUAUCGCUCACACUGACGCGAUCACGGAGGACGCCCAAGCCGAACCCGAAGUACUCCAACGACGUCAUCGUGCCCUUCUCGUCGUCCAGGGUCGUGACUGGAGACAGCAGUCGUUCAACCACACCAGCCAAGUCUGAGACAAGCGAGGAGCUCGUUCCGCUCUCCGAGGAGGAUGAGGAAGAGACGCCGAAGAUGGGCACCAGGAAACGCGGGCGUCCCAAGAAGCCCGCUGUGCAGACUCCGGAGCCCACCAAGAGGAGCACACCGCAGAGCAAACCGCAGGAGAAGAAGGAGACACCGCAGCGCCGUCUCCCGGAGCGGGCGACCAAGCAGCAGACGCCAGACUCAGCUGGACCACCGAAGAGGAAGCGCGAGGAGGAGCCAGAGCAUCCGGUAGUGACGAAGGUGGAUAAUUUUGCGAAGAAGCGUAUCAAGGCGCUCGUGGAGAAGCUGAAUAUUCCCACGACGCCGGCCAAGCCGCAGCAGCCGAUCCGCUCGGCGGAGAAGAGACCAGCCGCGGCCACUAAGGCAGUGACGUCGGCCAAGGCAGAGAUCGUGGACGUGGCCGGGACGCGAGAGAACGUGAAAAUAGUGGAUGUGUCGGAGAUUCUCAAUAAGAAGCACGACGUGGUGCUGGAUGAACCCAAGCGAGUUCGCAAGUGCCCGCCAGAAAUGCCCAAGGGCGCUCGGCCGCUCUACAGUUCCAAGAUCCUGAGUCAGCCGGCCAAGGUGGCGCCCAAGCUGUCGCCAGUGGGGUCGAAAGUUGCACCCAAGGUGUCGCCGAUUAAUCGCCAGCUCAACAACAAUGGCAAGAUCAACAGUGUGCCGCGCUUCCCGGAAGCCAAGAAGAUGCCCCCGCUGGCGUCCAGGUGCCCGGUGAUCGACCUGACGCGGCAGUUGGAAGCAGACAAGCCCAAGAGAGCGCUCAAGGACGCUCUGAUGGCCUCCUCUCCCGCCCGGAAGCCGCCGGUGCGUCCUGCAGGACUGGUGCCGCUGCGUCCGCUACCCGGCGUGCAGAGGCCCGCGCUGGCGGGAGGGGCGAAGACGCAGAUGUUGCUCAAGGGCAUCCCAAAGCCGCCGCUAAAGCCUGUGGCUAUGCCAGGAAUGCGGCAGAAGCGCGAGAUUACGUGCUUCGAGACGUGGCAUGUGGUGCAGCUGCCGGCAGAGCAGCCGCCGGAUGUGGCGGCGAAGGUGAGCCUGGGCAUCACACUGAAGGAGCUGGCGGAGCAGGUGGAGGACAUUCGGCUGCCAUCGGAGACGUGGAGUCACAGCGUCACCACGCAGAAGGGCUCCGAGACGCCCACGAGCAUCGCCUUCCAGCGGCGAUCGACUGCAGAGGCGGCCAAGAGGGAUCGCUCGGUAAACUUCAAGGCGACGGAACUCAUCAUCGAGAUCGAGGGAAACGAGGUGACGCUCGUGGGGGCGCCCGAGAGUCUCACUACGGCCGCAGACAUCCAGACACUGCUGCAGAUUGUGGACGACGUGAGCUUGAAGAAUUCGUGCGUGGAGCAGGUGACGGUGGUGUUAUAACAAGAGG